CUCGAGGCGUGCCCACCAACGUGUUGACAGCACAGCCCUUAGCAGCGAAAAAGAGUUUAGCGAAAGCCGAAGAAGAUGCGUGGAUUAAUCGUUCUGACCUUCUUGGCAGCAGUGGCAGUGCGUGCCGAUGUGGGUGGCUACAACUACGGAGCCGGCCUGGGUGGCGCGUCUAGCGGCUCUCUGUCUGGCGGUUCAAACUCUGGUGGUUCAUUUUCUGGUGGUUCCAGUGGCUCCCUUUCGGGAGGUUCUAUUUCUGGCGGCUCUCUGUCUGCCGGAUCGCUUGGCUCCUCUGCGGGCUACUCGAAUGACUACGCCCCCGUCAACACCGAUUUCAACAAGGAGUUCUUCACCUACACCGCCCCAGAGGCCGACUUUGAGGACAACACGAGCGUCAGUGACCUGGCCGCUUCGCUGAAGAAGAACCUGCGCGUGGUCUUCAUCCGUGCGCCCGAGAACAAGGGCCUGGAGAACGCCGCCCUGACUCUGGCCAAGCAGGCUGCCGAGCAGCAGACCGCCAUCUAUGUGCUGACCAAGCAGGGUGACCUCUCCAGCCUGGCCAACCAGCUGCAGAACCUGAACCACGUGAGGGCCAGCAAGCCCGAGGUGCACUUUGUCAAGUACCGCACGCCGGAGGACGCGCUGAAUGCCCAGCGUACCAUCCAGCAGGAGUACGAGCGCCUGGGUGGCUCCUCCGCCUCUCACAAUGGAGGCGUUGCCCCAGUGCUGGACUUCACCUCCAAGCGCCAGCAGCAGUUCCAACAGCAACAACAACAGCAACAACAACAGCAGCAACAGCAACAGCAAGUGCAGCUGGUGGAUGAGCGUCGUGCCUCCAGCAUCAAUGUCGCCUCGACUGGCAGUGUGUCGAACAUUGGCGCUGAACUGGAGGCUCCCUCCGCAUCCUACAUCCCACCCGCGGCGGCCACGCCACAGGCCACUUACUUGCCUGUGAACAAGGUCAAAUAGUUGGUCGAAGUGUAGCCUUAUUAACAAAUUAGCCAAAUUGUGGAGUGUA